AUGGACCUCAAGAUAGCCAUGAGAGUUGAAGAUCCAAGUUGCUUUUGGAUUGCCAUGAAACAAUGCGUCGGGGAGCUCCUCAGUGAAACUGUCUAUGAAAACCUGAACACUGAAAUGAAACACUUUUAUAACAAGGCAGAUGAAAUAAAAGGAGAAGAGGUAGAAAAAGGCCAGGUUUAUGUGAUUUUCAGUGAGGAGCUCCAGUGCUGGUGUAGGGCACUGGUUGAGUCAGUCCAGUGCCGGGCAGAUGGUUGCCAGCUGAGAUGUUUCCUUGUGGAUUAUGCCAAGUACUGUUCUGUUGCAUCAGAGAACAUUCGAGUUGUAGCAGGAGCGUUUGCAAAGAUCCCACACAGAGCAAAGAAGUGUCGGCUGCACUGCACAAAGCCACUGACUCUGCAUAUUGACUACUGUGAAAACACUGCCAAAAUAGGACCAGCCAAAAGAUGGGAUACUGCUGCUAUCCAGCAUUUUCGAAAACUUCUUGAAGAGGUUACCGAAAUUAAAGCCACAAUACAGGCAGUAGAAGAUAAAGUGUUAGAGGUAUUUCUUUUUGUGACUAUAAGAGAUGAAAAGAUCUGUGUUAAUGAUGAUCUGGUUGCAAAGCACUUUGCUUAUUACAAGGAAGCUGAAGGGACUGCAGGGGGUUCUGCAGACAAUUCUGAUGAUGAAGUGUCCUUAAAUGCUGGGUAUGUUCUGGUGGAGUUUGUUGGUCCUACAUUUCUUGCCAGGCCAAAACUGCCCUUUGGGGAGGAGGUGUCACCACAUCUUGAGCCAGAUCUUGCUGGUUGUAAUUGUGUUCUUCAGAAGAGAUCCCAAAGGCCACACACGGUUCUAAAGGACAAAACUGUGCCUGUGGUCAGCAUGGUGCCAGCUGUGCCUUCCAAGGAAGAUAAAGCAGUUCAAACAGAGAGGCUUCCACAGUUCUUAAAUCCCGAUUCCCUCCAGACACACACAGUGGAAGAUGACCAACAGAGUUGUAAAAGUGUUGGGAAAGAAAAAAACUUUGUAUUCCUGAGCAAGAAAAUCGAGCCAUCAUCAGUUUUGGAAACAGCACCGCUUUUUGAUGGUCUGAAAAAGGAACUUGUUUGGAACAAGUUUUCAGGCCCUACCUUCACCGAGUCGUAUUGUUGGCCACCAGUAGCUCAGGGAUGUGAUGUCAUUGCCAUCUCCCAUCAGGGAAAUGAUCCCUUCUUAUAUAUUCCACCAGUUCUUACACUUCUGCAGUUGGAAAGUGACUGCCAAGUCUUGCCAGACAUGAGUGGACCCCUAGCACUGAUUUUAUGUCCUGGAUGGAAGAAGGCACAACUUGUUUUUGACCUGCUGAAAACAUACGGGAAAGGUGGCAGACGCCUUCAUCCAGUGCUGGUAAUCCUUGGGCAGAACAAGGAAGCAGCCAGCCAAGUGGAAAUUCAAGGCUGUGAAGUAGUAGUGACUACACCAUUCAACCUCCUGAGACUGCUGGAACACAACACUAGGUUUUUGUGUAGGCUUUGCCACCUUGUUCUUGAUGAGAUUGAAGUGCUGUUCUCUGGCACUACUGAACAGGUGUUUACUAUACUGGAUUGUUACAAGAAAGCCACUGCUCAGGCACAGGGAGGUCUUCCACAUCAGAGCAUUGCUGUGGGAACUCAGUGGAAUAAACACAUCACACCCUUGAUAAAGGAGUUCAUGAAUGAUCCUCACAUUGUGAUAACAGUUAUCAAAGAAGCUGCCCUCUUUGGAAAUGUGCAACAGGUGGUGCAGCCCUGCAUGAACAGCAGCAGAACUGCUGAGUUACUCAAAAUCCUGGAUUUUACCCAGAGGAAUCUUCAGAAAGUGCUGGUAUUCACUGACUCAGUAACUGAAGUAGAGAUGAUUCAUAAGGCACUGAAGAGCAACUCAGUAGUUUCCUUGAAAAAGCAUAAGGAGAGCAAGUGUAAUGCUAAGUGUGUCUUGGAGAGGUGGAGAAAAAUGCACAGUUCUGGCACUCCUGCUGUGUUAGUUUUAACAGAUGGCUGCCUGCAGUCCUUGGGAAUCAGAGAUGCAACUUGUGUGAUCCAUUUCAGUUUCCCAUCUCCAGGAGUCUUUGAGCAGCGCCUGCAAAGCAUGAGUGACGAUUUCUGCACUGGGAUAAAGGAUUCUGCUGUAGAUGAGGAACAUACUAAGGCCAAGUCAGUCAUUCUGCUGGCAGAGAACAGUUUCUGUCAUGCACCUGGGAUUCUCCACUAUUUGAAGCGUGCAGAAGCUGAAAUUCCAGAAGAAUUCUGUGAUUUGACUGCCAAGGUGCUGGAAUCUGAGGAAAAUGAGAAAUCUUCAAGGCCUUUUUGUGCUUCCCUUAAAACAUUUGGGAUUUGCAGGAACAGAACAGAGUGUCCAGAUUGCCAUCAAAUCAGUUUCUCGAUAGACAUGGCCCAGAAUAUCGCAGAUGAGAUGGUAGAAACACCUGAACGUGUGACAAUCCUGCCUCUCUUCAUUAUACAUGCAACAAACUACUUUGGUCGAGUAGUCAAGAAACAAAAGGAUCAAUAUACAGUUCUUGCUAAAGAAAUGAAUGAUUAUUUCAAGGUCCCAGGACAUAGGAUAUCUGUUAACACCGUGGAGAAGUCAGUGUACUAUGGGUUACAUGAGGGAGCCAAUUGCCACAGGGUUCAGGUGGUAGAGACUCCCGCAAAAGAUGAAGAAAACAUCUGUAAGGUCACAAAUAAAUAUAUAGAUGAAGGCAGGACAAGUCAAGUUAAUAGUGAUCAGCUGCUUCACUUACCUUCAGAGUUUCAGAGUCUGCCACCUCAGGCUGUGGAAAUUGUAGUUUGUAGAGUAAAACCCAUAGAUAAUGAAGUUGAAUGGAAUCCAAAGGUGACUGACCACAUUAAUCACAAAAUUAAAGGAAAGCUUCAUCAUGCAAAAGUGGUGCAUACCUUGGGAAGAACAGUUUGGGUUGACCCAAUGGUUGGGGUUACCAAUCUUCCCACAAUGAAGAUGUGGAUCAAUGAGUACAACAUUCGAGCUGAGAUUUUGUCAACGGGUUUGGGAACUGACAAUCCUGAACAUGUAGGAGAAAUUCAGAAGCUGUGCAGACAGAUAGCAGUUUUGGAUCAUGCACAGAGCUUGGAGCAUUUACCUGCUAAGCCUGAGACUACAGUUGGAAAAUCUGGGAAACUUGGAACUUCAGUACAGGCUUUGUUAGUAAGAAGCACAAAAGAGGACACAGCUGGUGCAGAGGAGGCGUCCAGUCCGCAGGAUACAUUGAUACAGGAAAAUUCUGCUGGAAACUGUAGCAGUUCUGUGGGUCUUCCAGGCAGUAAGCCUUCCAUCAUUUCUGACGUUUUCAAAUGUGAAUUCAAGUUAGGUGCUUGAUACAAACCUAGCAGUCAUCCUGGCAGCUGCAGAUUGCUCUGGCUGCACAGAGCAGCACCGUGUGACUGAUGUUAGCAGUCAGCCCGAGCUGCGUUCCGUUGAGCAGUCAGGAGAUGCUGCGAGAGUGACUCUGGCUACUGUAACUGUGUGGUUGGUUGAGGAAUGCUCUGUCCUUCAGACAUUUGAAAUUCUUUGGCUCCAAGUUGAACAUGUCAGCGGGAAGUGUCUGCUGUAGAGAGGACAAGAGGUCUGCUGUCUAAGGCCACAGGGCUUAAGGGAGUUGAAAUCUGUUGAAAUAUGAGUGUGAAUAAUAAUGCUGCUCGCUCGAGAGGUUAAUGGCUGCACCCAAUUUGCAAAUACAACCAUGGCCAGUGAGACAGACUUCCUGGGCAAUUGUUCUGGGUGUGAUGGCCCCUGACAGGACCAUCCCAGAGGCUGCAGGGCUGGGCCUUCAUGCAUUGGAAUUAACUAGGAUAAAUCAGAAGCAAAUGAGAGUUAUCAGUACAGGAAAAGGAAUUCAGAUUCCUCCAGGACACUUUGGUUUGAUAACUGCUCGCUGGAGCUUGGCCUUACAAAGUGUUCGUGUCAUGGGAGGAGUAACUGGUGCAGAUUAUCAAGGAGAAAUUAAAGUAAUUCUGUUAAGUAAUAGCAAACAAGAUUGGAUUAUUCAACCCCAUGGCAGGGUGGCUCCUGCAGUUUUUACAAUUGUGAAAGAAGGAGAUCCACAUCAAAUCACCUCUGUUUGUAGAGAGAGGGUUUGGAUCCAGCAGUCCUAGUAAUGGAGCCAAAGUGUGGGUCCCGAGGCCCAGUGGCCCUCCCGAGCCAGGUGAAGGAACAGCUCUGGGGAAAGACAACACUGUUUGAAUCCUGAGACCUGAGCAGGAACGAUGGGAAUAUGUCCCUGCAGCCAAGUGCUCUGUGCCAGAAGAAGUGGAUGUUAUGGGAUACUGUUGUACAGAUCCUGCCUGACCAAAUCUACCUGUUUGCCCCAAGGGCCCCUUUGGAAAAUUCUCUGAUCCACGGGACUCCAUGUGCAGGCUGAUGUGACACUGAGGGACUUCCACAGGAAUUCCAACCAGGAGCCUCAGGGACUGGGACUCGGCACCUCUCCAGCUGGAGGGGAAAGGACCCCACCAAGCCUUGUUACCCACAGACUGCGCGGUAAAGCUGAACAGCAAAGGACCUUGGGGGCAUUAUCCGGGAAUUAAAAAGGUGCCAGCUCCAUGGACAAUGGAAUGUUGUUCCUAACAAUGGACAAUCAUUCCUAACCCGGAUGAGACUGAGGAUGAAGAAUGAAUAAUCUUGUUGCUAAAGUACUGCUCAUGUCUGUAAAUUGUAUCUUGAGAGUCAGCCAGAAUCUUUGCCAGAAACACCUCUAGAGUUUCACCAAGGAAUUAGUAAUGAAAUUCUUAUGGAAAUCUAAAGAUCAAAGUAACCAAAAUACUCAGUGUAACUAAUGGCUGGAAAUGUUCCCAACUGAUGUUGGAAGGAAUGGGGUUCCCUUGGAGGGCCCACCCUGUGGGGUGGCCAGAGCUCUGUCAAUGGGCUCUGACUCAGGGCCAGUGCAGGGACAGUUACAGAAAGCUGUGCUGUGGAACAAAGGAAUACAAUUACCAGUUUUAGAGGAUUUACUAAGAUUUCCCUUCAGGAGAAACCAAAUCCUGUUACAGUUAGACACCACAAUGUGAAAUGAUUUCUGUGCUUUACCAUCACUCCCAAUGUCAAUAGAACUCGGGGUGCUGGAGCUGCUCAGGGUCAGUGUUACAGCACUCCCAGCUGCAGGGCCACUGUGAAACUCCUCUGGCCCAAAGCACAGGGGACAGAACAUUUUCCACCCAAGGGGUGCCUUUGAUUUCAGAUAGCCAAAGAUUCUGUAUCACCCUGUGCCCCACGUGCGCUGCCUCGUCCUGUGGAGUUUACAUUAAUGAGCUAAAUCAAUUACUAGAAGAAGUAAAAAGUGAUGCUGUUAAACUAUCCAACAGCACAUCCUCUGAGCUCCAACAAAUACAAAUUGGAGCUCUACAGAACCACAUCACCUUGGAUUAUCUGCUUGCUGGCCAGGGAGGAACCUGUGCUGUUCUAGGACAGGAAUGUUGCAGGAAUGUCUGUCAGUGCUGUGUUUGAAGUCCAACAAUCAGGAAUCGCCUUGACAGAAAGAGCAGUAGAAAAGUGGGAGAAAGAAGAAAAUUCUUCAUGGUGGGAUUGGCUUCCAAAUUGGAGCCUGCUGCGAAAUGAAUUUGUGGCAGUCACUGUCAUCAUUGCAGUGUGAGCGUUCUGUGUGUUCCAUUCCAUGUUAGAGUUGUUGUGACACUCUGUGAUGGGAAAUAGAGUAUUGAGACUUUUCUAAAAAGAAACACAGUCUCAAGAAAAAAUGGGAUUCGACAAAGAACCUAGAGAAUGGCAACUAAUUAGGCACGUUUUAAAAGGAGGAGAAUUAUAGCUCUGAGUAAUGCAUUUGAACAACACUUAAUUGAAGAACAGGAGGCAAUGCCUUUAUGCCUAAUACCUAAAUCUGAGGUUCUAUUAUGGAAAGAGUUUUUAUGAGGGUUGUAGUUCAUCUCUAGGUCAAAGCACUGAUUGCAGUACUGAGGCCUGAACAGCAGGCCCUGAGUGAGGCAUGAACAGCAGCCCUGAGCCAAAGCUGACCUCUAGAUUAACCUUCCCACCAAAUGUUAUAUUUGUAUCUGCUCAUUAAAGAAGCUUUGUUAGCAAGAUGAUCUCUGUAUGUGUGCAUUGGUGAAACAUGGAUUUAUUUUCUGUAUUUACAACUCAGACAAGGCCACGCUGGGCUUUGUUUGGGCCUGGAUGGUCAAAGUCACUUCCCUUGGUUCCUCUGUGAGCCCUGGCCAGGCUUUGGGAGAAACCAAAUCGAGAAUGAAAUCAGGUGUUCCCACACUGGAAGUGACAUCAGCUUCUUUGUUUAACAGUAUAAAAGCUGGGCCUUCUCACAGCGAGGUUGGAGCCUCAUUGCCUGCACAGGUGGGUGCACCUGCAGGAACUCUCAGUGUCCGGGAGUGGCUCUCCAGUCCUUGGCUGUGACAGCUUCCCCUGGAUGAUGUGUGCAUCUGGGUGCUGGUAAAGUCUAAGGGUAACUGGUGCUGUCUCUUUCCUAAUCACUGCAGGCAAUUUUUGUUAGUGAUGAUUGGGUGCUUUGCUGAGCUUCUCCUUGUGGAGACCCAGAAAGGCAUCCCUAGUUAGGGCAAAUGAGAGGUCUCCCUCAGCUGCCUCCUCUUGAAAACGAAUCCUGUUCUGUCCUGCCAAAGCAACUCCUGUUCUGUUCCUUGGGUCAGCCCUGUGCCCCUCUCCCUGUCCCUCAGUCUGGUCACUCCCACCCUGUUUCCCUGUUGGCCCUAUGCCCUAACCCCACUUCUGUGACACCCCCAUGUUCCCUGGUAAUUGGUCUCUGAUGCUUCUUUCCUGCCCUGCUUAUCCCAUGUACUGAAGCUGGACCCUCUCAAGGCCUUUUGCAUUUGUUCUCUGAACAUGUGGUGGCUGUUCAUGCGGUGGCUGAAAUAAACAUCUCUGUAAAACCCCUGCAAA